AUGAACUCAUCGGUUGACGCUAUACUUGACGCUGAGGCCAGCUUUGGUCCAGCAGCGUCGUACAGAUUCGAUUUUACCCUCUUGUUUGAGAAUGCAGUCUUAUCGAUCCUGCCAUCAACUUUAUUUCUUGUUUUAACUCCGCAGCGACUGUUUUGGUUGAUCAAGCAGCCUCGAAAAUUGACCAAAAACUCACAGUUUGUUCUCAAAUUGGGCCUUAUCUCUGUAUAUACCAUUUUUCAGCUCACCGUUCUGCUGUGCUGGGUGCUUGGUCCUCUACCUGCACCAAAGUCACAAGUUGCAGCAGCCGUCUUGGUCUUUGUCAAUGGCUUCUCGUUGGCCUUCUUGUCGUAUGCCGAGCACACUCGAUCCGUCCGGCCUUCGACACUUAUCAACGUCUAUCUACUUCUCACACUCCUCUUUGACUGCGCCAUUGCUAGGACGCUAUGGCUCAUUGAAGGUACAAAGCUGAUAGCAAAGGUUUUCACUGCAACUGUUGCUAUCAAGUUUACCGUGCUGGUUUCUGAGGCAUGGGAGAAGAGGUCCAUUCUUCGAGCCCAGUAUCGGGAACUCUCACCCGAAUCAACCUCUGGGAUCUUGGGUCGAAGCGUGUUCUGGUGGCUUAACCCUCUCAUGAAAAUUGGGUUUGGUCGGCCUUUGACUGAACAGGAUUUGUACACAAUCGAUGCUUCCCUUUCAUCGAGGAGACUCAUUGCCCGUGCACAACAUACUUGGAGUUCAACAAAUCACACCAAGAAGAAUAGGCUUUUUUGGUCGACCAUCUGGGCUGCAAAGGCCGUCUUCGCCUCUGGCAUGCUUUCUCGCCUAUGUUUGAUAGCAUUCAAGUACACGCAGCCUUUCCUUAUCCAGAGGACCGUUGGCUUUGCCAGCGACUUGGCCGAACCUAAAAGUAUUGGAUGGGGACUCACUGGAGCGUGGCUCUUGGUCUUUAUCGGCCUAGCCAUCUCCAACGGGUUCUACUACCACAAGACAUAUCAGUUCGUCACAUCGGUCAGAGGCAGCCUUGAAAGCCUUAUUUACAACAAGACGCUUGAUCUUAGCACUACAGCGUUCGACGAGACCAUCGCCGUCACACUCAUGUCUACUGAUACUGAAGCCAUUUGCCUCAGCUUCAGCAACUUGCACGAAGUCUGGGCUUCCCCGAUUGAAUGCGGUGUGGCGUUGUUUCUACUAUACAGGCAACUCGGUCUUGCGUUUCUAUCGCCCAUGAUUGUCGCGAUAGUUGCCACCGUCGGAAUCAUGCAGCUCGCCAAGCACAUGGGAAAGGCACAGAAGAGAUGGAUGCGUGGCAUCCAGACCCGGGUUGAUGUGACUGCUUCUAUGCUCGGAUCGAUGAAGGAAGUCAAGAUGCUCGGACUUACAGACGUCCUCAACAGCAUGGUUCAGAACUUGCGAAUCAAGGAGUUGAAGCUAUCAAAGAAAGCCCGGAAGCUGUUGGUCUUGCGAUUGCUACUCGUCGUCAAUAGGAUCCAGCACACAAACCAUCUCGCCCCUGGCAACUUUUGCGACGUUUGUCAUUAUAUCUCAGAGCACAGGUCAACCAUUGAACGUUGCCUCUGCGUAUACGUCAUUGUCUUUGAUAUAUCUUCUGUCUACUCCCAUGGCCACGGUCAUUCGGACUAUCCCAAUGACAGCUUCAAGGACCAUCGACUUCCUUUGAACACUGGCACUAUCCAAGCAAAUGACAGCACAAGUCUUUCUUCGAGAAGCAGCAGCGCUGUUGAAAUGCAGGAUCUAUCAUCAUCACAGGAGUUCUCUGUCGGAGAUCCUCUGAUGGUAAUCUCAGACGCUAGUUUCAGCUGGGGUCAAGCAGAGGCCCCAAUCCUACACAACAUCUCUUGUACCAUCCGGAAGUCGCAUUUCACCUACAUCAUCGGCAGUGUGGGAUCAGGAAAGAGCACACUCUUGCAGGCCAUGCUCGGAGAAACCAAACCAUCUAAGGGAUCCAUCUUUACUGGCACCCGCAGGAUUGCAUUUGUCGGCCAGGAGCCAUGGAUCCAGAACUUGACUCUACGACAAAACAUCUUAGGAGCAUUCAAUUACGACAAGUCGUGGUAUGACAAGGUCAUUUAUGCAUGUGCGUUGGAGCAAGAUAUCAUGGAUCUUCCAGCACGGGAUGCCACAAAGGCAGGCAGCAAGGGAGUAUCACUCAGUGGUGGACAGAAGCAAAGACUCGCUCUCGCGAGAGCGGUCUACUCGAAGGUACCUGUCAUCUUCUUAGAUGAUGUCUUUGCCGGUCAGGAUGCUGCGACUGAGGAACAUCUCCAUCGGAUGCUCUUCUCUGAGGGCGGUCUGUUCCGAGAGAUGGGCACCACUGUUGUGUGUGUUACAAACGCCAUUCAUCGCCUCGUCUACGCGGAUCAUGUCAUCGCGUUGAGCGAGCAGGGCUCCAUUCUACACCAAGGAACUUUCGAACAGCUCAAGACCGACACCGAAUAUUUCAAGGGUCUUCACUUUGAGCAGAACGGAUCUGUUAACGAGGAUGACGAUGCCAUUCCCGCUAGACCCGGGGAAUUGACAGCAUCGAGCCCUCCAGCACCAGUAGAAGAUACCCAAGCUUCUCUCGGACAAGGACUUGGAGAGUUUGCCACUUAUGGAUACUACCUCGGAUCAGUUCCCUUGUGGCAUGUUCUUCUGAAUGCGUCUCUUGUUUGUCUCCACGCUGGAGGCUACAAGAUGACUGAGUUACUGCUCAGUUUCUGGACAGGUCGUACUGGUGCGACGCAGCACGAGUCAAACAGCUUCUAUCUCGGCCUCUACGGCAUGCUCGCUGGUCUUUCCAUGGCCGCACUCAUAGGAUGCGCUUUCUUCUACCUAAUAAUCAUGGUCCCGCUCAGCUCCGAGGUUCUUCAUGCUCGAUUGCUGAAAUCGAUAAUGGACGCCCCUUUGUCGUUCUUUUCUAAGACGGAUGUUGGAGUCACGACAACACGUUUUAGUCAGGAUAUCUCUGUUGUCGAUACUGAGUUGCCAUUCACGUUGAUCGAUCUACUCAUCAACAUUGCGGUAGCAUUCCUGUCUGCUGUGAUGAUGUGUGUGUUUUCUGGUUACUUUGCAGCGACUCUGCCUCCCAUUCUAUUCUUUUGCUGGCUCCUUUCAAAGUUCUAUCUCCGUACAUCCCGGCAGAUUAGGAUUCUCGAACUACAAGCCAAGUCCCCUCUUUUCACCCACUUCCUCGAUACACUGCAAGGGCUCUCCAGCGUGAGAGCCUUUUCUUGGGAGACGCAAUUCCGCGAGCAAUACUUUGAGUUCCUCGACGCAUCGCAACGCCCAUAUUAUUUGCAAUUCUGCAUCCAGCGCUGGUUGGCACUUGUUCUCGACCUAAUGGUAGCUGCCAUGGCUGGGAUCAUGAUGGUGCUCGUCGUUCAGCUUCGAGGUCAAUUCGCACCCAAGUUUGUGGCACUGGCUCUGCUCAACGUCACUUCGUUCAACGCAUCCUUGACGCUCGUCAUCAAGGGCUAUACUCAGUUGGAGACUGCCUUUGGAGCGGUUGCUCGCCUCAAGCAAUUUGGCUCAACCACAGAGAGUGAGAAUCUGGCUGGUGAAACGGGUCAAGUUCCUGAGGAGUGGCCAUCUUCUGGACAUGUUGCCAUCAAGAACAUGACUGCUUCAUACACCAAGACGGGGAACCCAGUACUGCACGGUGUGACGCUGGACAUACCCGCGGGUUCCAAGGUUGGCAUUUGUGGGCGUAGCGGAAGUGGAAAGAGUUCUCUCAUGGGCUGUCUCCUUCGUCUCCUGGAGAUUGAUGCCAACUCUAGCAUCGAAUUUGAUGGUAUCGACAUCACUACUAUUCCUCGUCAAGCCAUUAGAGCCUCGGUGGCGGUGGUUCCCCAGCACCCAUUCUUCAUGAAAAACACCAGCAUCCGAGAUAACUUGGUCCCGCGAGGCGAGCGAAACGAUGAAAGAAUGCUCGCAGCACUCCACAGGCUCAGAAUGCGAGAUGUAAUUGACAGAAUGGGUGGAUUGGACAGCAUCCUGGACAUUGAUCGCCUAUCUCAGGGUCAACGCCAGCUGCUCUGCCUCGCCAGAGCCAUGCUGGCCAACAAGAGGAUCAUCCUCCUCGACGAAGCAAGCAGCAAUGUGGAUCCCAACUCGGAGCAACUGAUCAGACAAGUCAUUCGUGAGCAAUUUGUCGGAUGCACCGUCAUUGCUAUUGUUCAUCGGCUUGGAGCUGUAGUGGACUUUGAUCGCGUCGCUGUUAUGAGCGGUGGUCGCGUCGUGGAAUGGGACAAUCCCAGAGAGUUGUUGAAGCGGGAUAGUGAGUUUAAGAAGUUGUGGGACUUGACUUCGGGGUGA